AUGUCAAACCUUCCUUCCGAGCCCGAGUUCGAGCAGGCUCUCAACGAGCUCUCCACCACCCUCGCUCCUUUCCUCGAGCAGAACCCGGAAUACAACAAGGCGUUCGCCGUCAUCCAGAUCCCCGAGCGCAUCAUCCAGUUCCGCGUGGUGUGGGAGGACGACAACCACGUCGCGCAGGUCAACCGCGGAUACCGUGUGCAGUUCAACUCGGCUCUGGGCCCCUACAAGGGUGGUCUGCGCCUGCACGAGACGGUCAACCUCUCGGUGCUCAAGUUCCUCGGAUUCGAGCAGAUCUUCAAGAACGCCCUCACCGGUCUCAACAUUGGCGGUGGUAAGGGUGGCUCCGACUUCAACCCCAAGGGCAAGAGCGAUGCCGAGGUGCGACGAUUCUGCAAGGCCUUCGCUACCGAGCUCCAGCGCCACAUUGGUCCCAACACGGAUGUUCCCGCUGGUGACAUUGGCUUCUCGACCCGAGAGGCCGGUUUCGUCUUUGGCACCUACAAGCAGCUGCGCAACGAGUGGACCGGUGUCAUCACCGGCAAGGCCAUGGACUGGGGUGGAAGCAACAUCCGUCCCGAGGCUACCGGUUACGGUCUCAUCUACUACGUCGAGCACAUGAUCAACCACGUCGAGCAGGGCAGCAACGGAUUCAAGGGCAAGAAGGUCGUCAUCUCGGGAUCGGGCAACGUCGCCCAGUACGCUGCGCUCAAGGUGCUCGAGCUCGGCGGAACCGUACUGUCGCUCUCGGACUCCAAGGGCUCGCUCAUCGCCAAGGACGGCAAGGGCUUCACCGCCGACAUGAUCAACAGCAUCGCCGAGAUCAAGUACAAGCGUGGCGAGCUUUCGAGCUUCGGUAACGCCAGCGGUGCUCUCGAGUUUGUCGAGGGUGCGCGCCCCUGGAAGCUGGUGUCCAAGUACGACGUUGCUCUGCCCUGCGCGACGCAGAACGAGCUCAACGAGGACGAGGCCAAGGCGGCGCUCGCUGCCGGGUGCCGCUACGUCGCCGAGGGUUCCAACAUGGGUCUCGACCAGGCUGCCAUCGACGUGUUCGAGCACUCGCGUGUCACCUCGUCUUCGCCAUGCUGGUACGGCCCCGGAAAGGCGGCCAACUCGGGCGGUGUCGCCGUCAGUGGUCUCGAGAUGGCCCAGAACUCGGCACGUCUCACCUGGUCGCACGAAGAGGUCGACCAGAAGCUCAAGGACAUCAUGAAGAACGCCUACGACAACUGCUUCAAGACCGGCCAGGCUUUCCCUGCCAAGGGCGACAACGUCGCCGACAAGCUCCCCUCGCUGGUGGGUGGUGCCAACAUCGCCGGGUUUAAGAAGGUCGCUGAUGCCAUGAGGCAGCACGGCGACUGGUUCUAG